UGUUUGUACUGUUUGCAGUUGUAACCUCUUGAACAUUACAAAGUUCUUAUUAUAAGUUCAGUUAUUAUAGUAUAUAAUACAUUGAAAGAGUUGUACAAUUUAAAUCACGAAAUGGAAGAUCUAAUCUUGCUAGAUAACUUUUUAUCGUCUUCUAGUAGUGAAAACAGUGAUGAUGAAAAUGACGCGAUCAUGUUUUUCAUUCCGCGUCGUGAACGUCGAAGAAUUCCUCGAAUCAAUAAUUACAUAGAAACUGUAAUUGUAAGAUACAAUAAUAAUGAUUUUAAAGAAAAAAAGAUACCAUGCAAACAGCUGACGCGGAACGAUUUCACAGUAACAGUACAGCAGCGGAAUUUCGAACGCGGACCGGACUGCUGUACCGCUGCUGGCGUUCCCUCUGGAACACACCCGUAGUUUCGACAAAUCAGAGCGACUCCGCGCGGACUUACAGAACUACGAGCUCGAAUCAGCGUCGGUCCGCUGGGCGUAUGUGGUGGUGGAAAAUUCGGGCGAGCACAUGAUGACGCACUUCAGGCACACGUGUUGACCGCCCUAACUCACCCUGGUUACUAUAUCUAUAGCUAUAAGGAACAGCGAGUUUGUUCCUCGCUGUUCCUCAUAGCUAUAGAUAUAAUAACCCAUGUUAAUCGACGCUGUUCAUCACUAUUCCUUUUACGUGUGAUAGCCCCUGAAGUCUCUCGACGAGAGUUGAGAACAUGAGAAAAUGUCGCUUGACCUGAAAGUGAGAAAUUUACAUCUUUGUAAUAAUGCUUAUAAUGCUUUAUGUUGGUAUAAUACGGCUGUUAUUACGGAUACUAAUAUUACUACAGCAGAGACCAAGGUUUGUGGAUUUGAACAUUUAAAAAAUUUGUUUUCAAACAUAUUAUUAACACCUGGAAAAAAUAAAUGUUAUAAUCAUACCAUGAUUUUAAACAUUUACCAUUAUAGGCUUUUACCAAUAGCGGUGGUUGCCUAGCGAAAUUGCGUGUUUAUAUUUUAUUUCCAUUUCCAUUGUUCCUCUGUCCCUUUCACGCAUCCCUGCCUGCCUGUAUACGCUGUGUACGCUGUACCGCUUACUCGACUCCUGCAACGGCCAGGUGUCGCCAACUUUGGACAGUUGAAUUUGUUGAAUGCAUUUGUUGCAUUGUUGCCAACGCGGAAUAGGAGGGAACAGCUUCUCAUGAUCCUGAGAGUCCUGCUGCUCCUACUCCAUAACUCCACCAUGCGGCAGGGCUGUUAAUCCACCUUGCUAUUACAUUGCAGUACACUAUGAGCUUUCUGCAUCUGCAGUAGUAAUAUUUGAGGUUAGUUUCCAACUGACAUAAACAGUGUUUUUGAAAGAAAUAUUACACUAAAGACAAUAUGACAGCGGAGCCACAAGACGUUGAACAUUUUUUCGGAGUUUAUUUACUAUAUUGUAAAAAUGUUAAAUACAAAGGAAGGACUUACAUUGGUUACACCGUGGAUCCAAAACGAAGAAUAAAGCAACAUAAUGCCGGAAAAGAUUUUGGUGGAGCAUGGAGAACAAGCAACAGAGGUCCAUGGGAAAUGGUGCUCAUCGUUCAUGGAUUUCCGAAUUCCACUUCUGCUUUACGGUUCGAGUGGGCCUGGCAGCACCCGGAGUUGAGCCGACGACUGCGACACGUGCCGCGAAAGAAGUCCCGCCAGAAGUCCUUCGACUACUGCCUGACGGUACUUUCGGCUAUGCUGCACGUGGGCCCGUGGUCCCGGUUGCCGCUGACCGUGCGUUGGCUCGACGACGAGUUCGGAAGCAGCUUCGCAAGCCAGGUCAGUCCGCCGCUGCACAUGCCCAUCGGCUACGGCAAAGUCGCCUCGAAGAAGCCAAAGGACGCAAGCAAGGCCAAGGCGGCUAAACUCGAUGCAGCUGCGUCGACGGAGAAGAAGGAGGAGAAGUGCUCGUUGUGCUCGAAAUGCGUCGAAAGCGAGGACAGGCUCAGCUGCGUCCAGCCUGGAUGUCAGUUAGUCGCGCAUUUGAUCUGCCUGGCGGAGUCUUUUAAGCGGGACGAGAUGAUCUUGCCGCUCGAGGGUGUCUGUCCUCUCUGCGACACGAAUGUUCUGUGGGGCGACUUGAUCAGGAAGAAGAUCGGCUGCAAUAUGCAUCUGGAUGAUGAGGAGAAUAACUCCGACUCGUCGGACUAUAGCGAUGAUUAGAUUUUAUUGGUUUUUACAGCGUUGAUGCGAUAGCUUUAUUUUAGCGAUAUUUUGUACAUGUAGUGCGAUGGAUUUUUGUUGAUUGAUUUUUAUCACGAUUGUUUGGAUGGAUUUUGUAAAUAUUAGUUCUAUUUUUUAAAAAUAAUGCACGAUGAAUUUUCAAUGUCUGCGGUCGAUGUAUAGAAACUAUAAGGCCAACGGCGGCCUAGUAACCGAAAAAUGCGAGCUCAAUUAGUGUCGCGUCUGAUCGAUUCGGCGCACGUAUAUAGGAAUCGAUGAAUCGCAGGCGUGUGAUAUGUAUGAGAGGAAUUUAAAAUAAUUACUUUCGAGGGUGUAUAGGCGCUCGAUAUAAGCGGUUAUACUUUAUACAAAUCGAAACUUUGAAAUACAUUUAUAUUUUUUCCAGCAAGACGCUA